AAGGUUCAAGACGAACAUGGUACUCUCGAUAAAAUAUUUGGAGGGCAUUCCAAAGACUCCUAUACUGCAACUGCAAUAACUAAUGUCGAUAAUGUAAAGCUUUAUAAUAUGUUUACUGCUUGGAUUGUUAAUCGUCAAUACCCAUUGCUUAUAAUCGAAGACCCUGAGUUGGUUGAAAUUAUUCAGUAUUUAAAUCCUAGAGCACAAUUGGUCAAAUCUGAUGCAAUAAAGAAUUCAAUUGCUUAUCUUUCCACUAUUAGUUCUAAGCUUUCUUUCACUUCAGACAUCUGGACAUCUCCAAAUAAUAAGGUCUUUGUAUCUGUUAUAGCUCAUUAUAUAGACGAAUGUUGGACCUUUCAGGAAACACUACUUGACUUCAGUUUGCUAAGUGGAAAACAUAAUAGAACAAAUAUUUCUAAUGGAUUCUUUAAGGUGAUAGAAGACUAUGGAAUCACAUCAAAGGUUUUUAUUUUUUAA